UAAUUAUCAGCAUCACCACCUUCCUUACGUAUUCGUUUUUUUAUGCAAUAUAUGUUGGUAUAUGUGUUAGUCUAUGUCUAUGUUAGUAUAUUGUAUGUUUGCAUGAUUACAUUCCAGCAGAAAGCAGAUGAUGAACAGCAGGUUUCAGAAGAGGAGGAGAAGCAGAAAGACGAAAACGAAGAGGACAAGGAAAAUAAAAACGGAGAAGAAGAAGAAGACAAGGAAAAAGAAGACAAAGAAAAAGAAGAAAGCCCUAAAGAAGAAAACACACAAGAAGACGAAGACGAAGACAGCGGCGAAGAGGACAUAUCGGACGCGAAGGACGACAUAGUGGAAGGGUUGAAGAGCCAGGACAAGAGGCGCCAGCUGGUCUGCGCCGAAAAGGCCCGUCUUCUGCUCUCCUCGCCCCGGCCGCCGCUGAACCAGCUGAUCGCCGCCGGUGUUCUGCCGCCCCUGGUCCUGUGCAUGGCCAGGCAGGACGCGUGAGUAAACUGGCGAAAGGGCGGUGUGGGUGACGGAAUCUGAGUAAUUAAAGGACGCGCGAGUGACUAGCGCAAGGGCGGUGUGGGUGACGGAAUCCGCGAGUGAGUAACGAAAGGACGCGUGAAUAACUGGCGAGUAACAGAAUCUGUGAAUGAGUAACGAAAGUAUUUGAUUUAGUAACGAAAGGACACGCGUGAGUAACGGAUGAACAC